AUGUCGACUGUUGCACUCCCAACUGUUUCCACCUUUAAAGGUUGUGUUGAAAGCCAAGGCCCCUCUUUGUUACUCAGGAGAUCACCGUUCUCUCUCAGCUUCUCCAAGAGCUACUCAAAAUAUUUUGGUCUAAAGUCAUUUAAUGGCUUCAAGGCAACAACAAUGGCAGUUUACAAGGUGAAGCUCAUUGGACCAGAUCGUCAACAACAUGAAUUUGAUGCCCCUAAUGACACCUACAUUCUCGACAUAGCUGAGACCGCAGGGGUAGAGUUACCCUACUCGUGGCAUGUUGGUGCAUGUUCGAUUUGUGCCAAGCAGCUGAAAUCUAGCAUUGUUAAUCAAUUUGAUGGAUCAUUCCUUGGUAACUCACAUGUGAGCAAAGGCUACAUCCUGACUUGUGUCUCCUACCCAAGAUCUGGCUGUGUCAUCCUGAAUUGA